UUAAUUAAUUACUCUAGCUUACCAUUACUAUGUAGGAGUUUCCUCGAAUUCGCAUCCUCAGAAGAGUCGCAGGCUUGAUUCAACAGAAUUACUGGUUGGCAAUUGCGAACGCAGCGUAUCGAAGGGGAACCAGGUCUUAGAUACUAGGGGAUCUUCCAGUAUCCCCUCUAAUCCUGGCCAUGAUCAUUUGACGAGCACGGAGCCACAGACGAGCGAAGAUGCCGAUGAGUCGGAUGAUGACAUUCUUCUCUAUAGAAUGACCAGACCUGGGAAAGUAUCUAAAUCCGGUUGGAAUUAUAGGGUUUGGACUUUUCCAUCCGGGGAAACCCAGCCUACUUCUGGUGCAUUGUUGCUCAAAGGCUAUACCCUUCAUGAUAACCCUGCUGCCCAGUGGAUAUGUCCAAUACGUUCCUGCCGUAUUCUAUUCACGAGACUUGAAGGCCUUGGAGCUCAUUUCAAUACUGUACACAGAGCUUCACUUCUCAACGACAACGACGACGGCACUCUAUCUAUCGUCAAGAAGGUAGAGGCCGAUGGUAUUAUUAUGCCUGCUAAAGUAGUGUCCCGAAAACCAUUGGAUCCCGGCGAAUCUCCUUUGAAGGAACCUUCCUUCAGUAAACCAGCCAUGGUAGCUUCUUACCAAACCCCAUCUACCUCUGCUAUAUUAGGUGCAAACACACUUAUAUCCGAGGAUGAUAUUGGCAAAGUUGGCAUGGCACUUUGGAAAUAUGUUCAAGGUCAUCUAAUCAAUACACCGUUAUCCCCUAUACCGCAAUCUAACGAUGUACGAAUGCUUUUGAAGUACAUGGUCCAUAUUCGAGAUGUUGUAUGGAAUACCAAAAUCCAGACCAAGUUUCGAGAAGCCGAUGCCAAGUAUAUCUCUGCCAUAAUACUGCAAGUAGCUGGACAGAAGGCUCAGGCGCCUUGCGAUAAGUGCAUGGAAGGAAAGGGGCCAUUCCAAGGAUGCUUCGUUCUGCCUCCCAACGCACCAUGGAGCUUGCGACAAUUAAUAACGGGUUGUGCCAACUGUCAUUACAAGAACAAACAUUCACAAUGUAGCCUAAGCAUUAGUUCACGAAAGGCAAACUUGGAGCUUGAACAGUCAGAGAAACUACCAGAGGGAAGUAGUCAUAAGAAGAAAAAGGCCAUUCAGCCACGAGGCCCCUCGCUAUCUGGCUCGUCUCACGAACAAAAUCUGAUUUCGAACCCCCCAAACGGCAUCAAUAUGACAUCUACAUCUACUGCAAACCUAGCACAGAUGCUUGGACUAGAGGCUUGGGAAAUCGCCCCCGGUCGUAUUAGUGAUGAGCAAAGCGAUUCUGUCGAUAACUUCGCAUUUUCGAACUCCUACAUGGCUCAAAACCAAGCUGUGCGAAUCGGUCACGGUGUCUCCUUCCAGGUCAUCACCAUAAAGCCCGGUACGGUUCAUUACUGGAGUGCCAGCGCCAACAAGAUCCGAAUAUGUUCGGUAGCGUCGGGCAAGCUGCAGAUUUCUAUCCAUGGCCAGGAGUUUUCGAUAGGUCCCAACGGCAUGGUUAGAAUCAGACCAGGGGUGGAGUGUACUGCUGUGAAUAAGCUGUACAUGGAUGCUACAGUUCACGUUACCACUUUACCAGGCGAUGUGUGCGGAUGAUGGUUGAGGGUGUUGUUUUAUAUAAAUAACUUAGACCGAGAAGUCUGCUGCUAGUGGUUCUCGACUAAGUUGGUGUCGUUGACAUGGAGUUUAUAAGUGCUGAUAUUACGAGGCACAUGUUGUUUCACAGACAUCUAGGUAUUGUGAUGGCAAGAAGGACCAGCAGGCAGUUGAAGGGAACCUAAACAAGGGCUUACGCAGAAGUAG